AUGGAUCUCAGGCAAAGCCACCCCGAGAGCGAACCGCAGCGCCAACGGUGCACCUUGACCGACCUUAAGCAUCAGGCUGCAGAAUAUUACCGGAGCAACGAAGUACCGCAGCGCCUGGAGGAGGUGCUCAACACCAUGUUCUACCUCCGCCCGCCAGACUUCUAUGGGCACCUGGCAAACUACUUUUCCAAAUUGUCAAAACCUCCAGUAAUAUGCAGAUUAGUUGGGAAGAAGGUGCUGGAUGGGACUGGUCAUCCAACUUUAGAAGUGGAAGUGUCUUGCCAAGUUAAGAACUGUGAUAAGACCAUUUGUUCCAGCAUGAUUUCUUCUCAUGCUGAAAUUCUUGAGAAUGCUUCCCCAGAAGUAGUGGAUGCUGAUGAAAAGGAAAGACAUGAAUCAGUAGAUAUAGCAGUUACAUGGAUAGAUGACUCAUUGAAUGAAUUGCUCGAAGGCCUUCAGCCUACUGACCAGUAUAAAGUUGAUGAGCUGCUAGGUGAAUAUUUCACAAAGAAAGCUGAGGAAGAAGAAGAAGAAAGAAGGGAAGCUGAAAAGGAAAAAGAAAAAGAGAAAGAAACCCAGGAAAUAAUGUUUCCUCCUCCACCACCUGUUACAGCACCAUCUGGAAAAAAGAAACAAGCGAAGCUAGGGAAAAAGAUUUCUGUUGUGGAAAAUCCAAUCCCACCAGCAGAACCUGCUGUUUCAGUAAUAAAGGGAAGCAUGGCUAUUGGGUGUGUAUCUCUUGCUGUUGUGAAGGCUGCUGCAACUACUAGUGACAUGCCUUUGUACUUACAGAUUGCUUUAAUGAAACACAAUCAGGAUCUGCCUGAGGAACUGAUUAUGCCAUUGCCAAUGAUAACACUUUUGAGUUAUGGAAAAUCAUCGCCUGGAAAACUAAAUCUAAUGAAAGAAGUGAUGUUGAUACCUCCAGCUUGGUUAACAGUUAAAAAAAGUGUAGAAAUGUCUCUGGAUAUUCACAAACAAAUAAUGAAGUUGCUGGAACCACAACCCAGUCCUUCAGCGGAAAGUAAAAAGUCUGCGCGAGAUGCAGGGAAAAAAGCUCCUCCACCUGUUUUUAAAAAAAUGUCUCACUUGGGCUGCAUAGUAACAGGGAGUGAAACUCUUGAACAACCGCUGACCUUGAUUCAAAUGGCUUGCACGAAUAUUGGCUUGGAAUUAGGAAUAGAUCUGUAUUUAGGAAUGAAUUGUGCUGCUCAUGAACUAAUGGACUAUAAUAAGGGGAAAUAUGAAGUAUUGUCUGGAACACUCAAGAACCCUGAUGAAAUGGUGGAUAUGUAUGUGAACCUGAUUCAUAAAUUCCCCUAUAUUAUAGCAUUGAUUGAUCCUUUGAGGAAAGAGGACACCCAACAGUGGGAGAAUUUAUGUAGUAAUCUGGGUUCAAAAUGCUACCUUAUUGCAGAACAUGCAUGUAGGAAUAUGUCUAAACAUCUAGAUGGCCAAAAGAAGAAUGCACCAAAAUGUAGUGGUCUUGUUGUGAAAUACAUCAAUGAAACUAAAAUUUCUGACCUUUUAGAAAUGACCAAGCUUUUAGAUGGUGUGAAACAUGUUUCUGUAUUUGGAAGCUCAGAUGGAGAGUCUUCUGAUGACAGUCUUGUGGACCUUGCAGUUGGACUGGAAACCAGGUUUAUCAAGUUGGGAGGUCUCUCACGUGGUGAGAGGGUGACCAAGUACAACCGCCUCCUUGCUAUAGAGGAAGAACUGUUCCAGAAUGGAAUACUAUGUUCAAGAGGUGACUUUGAAUUUAUUGAUUUUACUGAAGAUGAACAAGAAGAGGAAGAAGAAUUUUACUCCAGUGAUUUACCUGUGGAGACAGUACAGCUUGCUCUGUAG